GCUCCCACCGCUGAGGCCGCCUCCUCUGCUCGAGUUGUCUAUGCCAACUCCGGGCACAUCUAUCUGGCCACGUACGACGGCAGCAAGUUUACAACCACCCUCAACUCGUCCUUCAAGAACACCGAUCCCUCGUGGCUCGCCUUCGUCCCGCCAAACUCGCUCUACGCCGUCAACGACAUUGCCUCCAACACCUUCCUCUACAACAUCGACGUCAAUGGCAACACCAUCAAGCAAGUCACCAACAAGCAGGGCUCCAGUGGUGUCGUCCAUCUCGAGGUCAACAAGGCCAACACCCGCAUGCUGGGUGCCGGCUACGGCUCUGGCAAGAUCGACGUCUGGAACAUUGAAAACGGGGGCCUGACUCUCAUCAAAUCCAUCAAGUCCACCGGCCCCCUCGGCCCCAACCCGGAUCGCCAGGAUGCUCCUCACCCUCACCAGACUGUCAACGACCCCACGGGCCGUUUCUUUCUGGCCAAUGACCUUGGCACCGACUCCAUCCUGGUCAUUGACUCCCAGAAUGAUGCCUUCAACAUUGUCAACCGCUUCCCCGUCGUGCCCGCCGGUGCCGGCCCGCGUCACGGCGUCUUCUACCCCUUUGGUGCCGCCCAGGCAACCCACUACUUCCUGGUCUGCGAGAUGGGCAACGUCGUGAUCGCCUACAGAGUCACCUACACCAACGACGGCACGGGCAUGGCGUUUGAGACCACCCAGGUGCUCAACACCUUUGGUCCCAACUCCGUGGCGCCCGCCGGUGCCGGCGCUGGCGAGCUUGUGCUCUCUCCCGACAACAAGGACCUGUACUUGUCGAACCGCCUGACCGGCCAAGCGACGGAUAACAUUGCUCACAUCAAGAUCAUUGACCAGGGUGCCGGUGUCUUGAGGCUUCUUUGGAUCAACUCGGUCUCCUCAGGAGGCACUGCCCCCCGAAUGUUCAGCAUCAGCAACGAUGGCAGCUCGCUGUUUGUCACGAAUCAGAAUGGUGCUCUCGGUGUGACGGCCAUCUCUCGAAAGGCUGACGACGGUUCCCUCGACACCAACUUUCACGGCACAAUCAGCUCCGGUGCAUUUGGCUCGAGCGGCCAGGGCCCCCAGUACAUUAAGCAGAUC